AUGAAGUCCUCAAUAGUUUUGCUUGCAGGUGUUGCAGCCACCUUAGCAGCCGACAUUACUGAAGCCCCAACCACCAGUACUGAUAACCCAUACACACAAUACCCAAGUGUUCCUAAGACUGCAUCCAUCAAUGGUUUUGCUGACAGAAUCUAUGAUGAUCUUCCAGCUUGUGCACAACCAUGUAUGUUCCAAAACACUGGUAUCACCCCAUGUCCAUACUGGGACACUGGUUGUCUCUGUGUCAUGCCUCAAUUUAGUGGACUUAUUGGACAGUGUAUUGCCGAUGCUUGUCGUGGUGAAGAGGUUCUGGUUGCUACAAGUUUGGCAAUUUCUAUCUGUUCUAGUGCCGGUGUAUGGGAACCAUACUGGAUGAUUCCAGCUUCUGUUUCUCAAGCUCUUGCUUCUGCUGCC